CUCCAGUAUUGACGAAUGGUAACACCUUUGUGUCCUUGAGCUGAUGUUCCCCUUCGCUCUUUGAUUUCAAUCUCUCACCUAGCAUCCAACACAAGACGAGCAAGACGAACAUACCCAACAACGCAUUUCAGUGCAAUUAAAUCAAAUUCCAAUCCAUCCACAAAUAAAAAGAGCUCCACAAUGUCACUCAAGACCCAAUCACGUCGGGAGAAGGUUCUAUCCCGCGGAGAGAUUGAACAGCUGAUAGCAGACGGCCACCAGAUUGUCAUUUUCGAUAGAAAGGUCUUAAAGGUUGACGCAUGGCUGCAAUACCACCCGGGGGGUGACAAGGCAAUUCUGCAUAUGGUGGGCAAAGAUGCCACGGAUGAAAUCACGAUGUUCCAUUCUGAUAGUGCUGUUCACAUGAUGCAGAGAUAUCAGAUAGGGAGAGUUGAAGAACGAUGGGUGAAUUUCGUUCCUCCGAUACAAGGGGGAACCUUUCGACGUCGUGUGGAAGAAAAGUGUGAGAGUGAGGCGUUGAAGAUCAAAAAUGAGACUGUCCAAGACGGGAAUACGAUAUCUCGACCCCAGAUGAUCACGUCGAACGGUAUCAAAGCCGAUGCGAAGUCUCUACCGAAGACCAGCUUUCUUGAUAUCCGCACAAAACAAGAGAUCGAUCUCGACCUCUCAAGGUAUCCGUCUGUUGACCCUGCAAAGCAAGAUGAGGUCGUACGCAAAUUCCAUAAAUUACACGAACGGGUUAUAUCGGAGGGUUUAUACGAUUGUUCAUACCGGGCCUACGCCGUUGAAACAUGUCGAUAUGUCCUCGUCGCUCUUCUCUUCGUACUAUUUCUCCGACUAGGCUGGUACAACACCAGCGCCAUUUUUCUGGGCAUGCUAUGGCACCUGCUGGUAUUUACAGUACACGAUGCAGCGCAUCUGGCCAUCACACACGACUACACGACGGACUCUCUCAUUGCAUUUACCAUUGCAAGCUUCAUCGGUGGGCUCAGCGCCAGCUGGUGGAAGCGAAACCACAAUAUCCAUCACGUCGUGACGAAUGCGCCAGAACAUGAUCCUGAUAUCGAGCACAUUCCAUUCUUUGCCAUCUCUCAUCGUUUCUUCACAUCUCUUCGAAGCACAUUCUACGAACGUGUCAUGACCUAUGACGCUGCCGCGAGGGUACUAAUCCGGAUCCAGCAUUGGAUGUAUUAUCCUAUCUUACUAUUCGGACGCUUUAAUCUCUAUCGACUCAGUUGGGAACAUCUAUUAAGAGGGCUGGGUCCUAGGAAAGGCAUCGCGUGGUGGCAUCGCUGGUACGAGAUGGUAGGGCAAGUCUUCUUCUGGGCUUGGUUUGGAUACGGCAUCCUAUACAAAUCGAUUCCAACAAUGUGGGAUCGCUUUGCAUUCCUGAUGGUCAGCCAUAUGGUCACCAUGCCCUUGCAUGUCUUGUUCACCGUCAGCCAUUUCGCCAUGAGCACCGCCGACCUGGGUGCCAGCGAGUCAUUUCCCCAGAAGAUGUUACGGACAACCAUGGAUGUUGAUUGUCCGGAGUGGCUGAACUUCUGGUACGGUGGAUUGCAAUUCCAAGUUAUACACCAUUUGUUCCCACGAAUGCCGCGGCAUAAUCUGGCCCGGGCGCAGAAGUUCGUCCUGGAGUAUUGUGAAGACGUUGGAAUUCCAUAUGCAUUUUAUGGGAUCCUGGAUAGUAAUAAGCAUGUGCUGAGCAAGUUGGGAGACAUAGCAAAGCAGGCAACUAUUCUUGCGGAGUGCCAGAAAGCUGCUGCGGAGGAUAUACUCAAGGCUCAUUAUUGAGGCAAUCUAUGUCUAUCACUCAGGGGUUGUGUAGGCGUCAGACCGUGUAGGUUUUAUUCUGCCACCAACCAUACUGGACAGUAUAUACAUGAAAAGCAAAAUAGAUCAAGAAAUCGGCAAAAAAAACCUGUCUCUCGCAGUUAUUCGAGGUACUUUGGUCCUCCGCAACAACGAACACAGAGUUCGGAGGCUUCAAUGGCACUGAAUUUUUU